GUUGCAGCAGAGACCCAAUUCUUGGCGUUAAAUGAGGCUCCAGCCAGGUGUGAGGAGACUCCCAGAGAGGAGGAGGGGCCACGAGUGAUCCCAACUCCGCCGGGGCCCGCCCCCACCCCGAGCCACUCCCACCAGAAGGAGCACACGGAAGAUCAAAGACUACAGUUGCUGGAAUGUGAGCUGAGCAAGAAGAGAAAAGAAUGUGAAGACUUGGAACAUGAAGUUAGGAAGAGACAGAAGGGAUGUCUGGAUUUGGAGAGCCAGCUUGAGGAUGAGCGAGGCAAAAAUGGGCAUCUAGAGGAGGAGGCAGAUCUCCUCAGGAGGAAGGCACAGCUGCUCGACCAGACCUGGGUUGAGAAUGAGGAGCUGAGAGAACACCUCUCUGAAGUGACCGCUCAACGUGAUUCAGGUCUCAAGGAGAACCAGAGACUCCGUGUCAAACUGGAUAACCUGGAGCAGGUCCUAAAGCAUAUGCGAGAGGUGGCCGAGCGCAGGCAGCAGCUGGAACUGGAACAUGAGCAGGCACUGGCUAUCCUCAAGUUCAAACAGAAUGAGAUCAAACGACUACAGCGGGCAGAGUUUUUUGCCAAGAGGGAGCAUGAAGGAGUGGUACAGAUGCUGGAGACUACAUUGGACUCCAUGCAGGUACCAGCAACAACCUCACACAACCUGAUCCCAACCUCAACCACCCCAUUCCCAACCUCAACCACCCCAUUCCCAACCUCAACCAUCCCCUUCCCAACCUCAACCACCCCAUUCCAAACCUAA